AUGGUGUACACCUCGUUGACUUACGCCCCUCGUAAUUUCAGGGAGGGUAUUGACUGGUUAGUAGCUCUGAAGCGAAAUGGUUUCGAGAAUAAUUUGAAGGCUAUUAGUGACGCAGUUUACAACUUUCUCGCAGACAAGCCGGUUGGGUCCGACAAAUUACCAAUUUAUCAGUAUGUUACGCUUAUUACUAAAGAGUUCUUGGAGCAAGAGGAGCUUAAAGACCGGCGUGUCGUGGAAACGAUGCUGGCGAAGUUCAAUGAGCCCAAGGAUCAAAAAUCCGAUUUCUUCGUAAAGUUCUUUAAAGGUAUUUCCGAACUCGGUGGUAGAAAAUUCGUGAAGCACUGGGGUAUAAACGGUGAAAACAUCGCCGAGAAGUUGUCUAAAUCGGUGGAUGUUUGUGAGACGUUCUUGAAAAGUAUACAGGUACCUGGGCAGUACAAGUCUGCUUACAGCUCUAAAGCAACGUGGGAGGCAUCCUGCUCGGACAACCCGCAAGAAUGCGCAGCGGUAUUCGUGGGUAUUGCACCCAUGUUGUACGCAGGUCUCACGUCUUUAAAGGAUGCGACUGCUGCUGAAGUUGUUAAAUCGGCACCGGAUAGAGCGAAGGCGGAUGUGGAAAACCUAUUGAAUGCUUUGCGUUACGUAGGACCGGCAUGCCGAGCUAGCAUGAGUCCUUCAGAUGUCUCCAAUGCGUUGAGGGACUUUGAUUACGAUAUUUUGGGCACCUUAGCCGACCUAUCGGAAUUCUGGAUGUACCACGGAUUAGACAGUGCAGGAGUUGCAGAAGCUCUUAAGUACUACCAUAGCAAAUAUGGAUCCUAUCCAAUAACUGGAGGUGACAAUGGCGUUAACAUGGGUUUGGUAAAUGCCUGGAAUUCCAAGCUGGCUAAGAAGCCUGCCAAAACAGACAACGCACUCGGAUCGGACAACACUUAUUAUCCUGGUAUGCCGACAGUGGCGAAUCUGAACGCUGCCAGCCCAAUUUAA